AUUAGUUGCACGGAUUAGAGGAAGAUUAGUAGUAUUAGUAGUCGGGAUUAGGCAGUAAUGGCGGCGACGAGCGCCAGGAGCGUGGCGUGGCAAUGGUUGGCCGUGGCGGCGGCGGUGGCGGCGGCGUCUCUGAUCGGCGGCACGCCGGCGGAGGCGAGGAGGGGAGGGAAGGAGUCCAUCGGUUUCUACGAGCUGCGUCGGGGCGAGUUCUCCGUCGUCGUCACCAACUGGGGCGCCACCAUCCUCACCGUCAACCUCCCCGACAAGAACGGGCACAUUGAUGACGUCGUUCUUGGCUACAAAGAUAUUGGAUCUUACGUGAAUGACACGACCUACUUCGGGGCGCUGGUGGGGCGGGUGGCGAACCGGAUCGCCGGCGGGAGGUUCACGGUGAAGGGGCAUGCGUUCCACACGUACAAGAACGACGGCAAGAACACGCUCCACGGCGGCCACCGCGGGUUCAACCAGGUGUUCUGGUCGGUCCGGGAGAGGGCCACCGGCCACUUCCCCUACAUCACCUUCUACUACCGGAGCUACGACGGCGAGCAGGGCUUCCCGGGCGCCCUCGACGUGCUCGUCACCUACAAGAUCGACGGCGACUACUCCUUCAGCGUCACCAUGUACGCCCGCCCCGUCGACGACGGCAAGCCCACGCCGGUCAACCUCGCCCAGCACACCUACUGGAACCUCCGCGGCCACGGCAACGGCACCAUCCUCGACCACUCCGUCCAGAUCUUCGCGUCGGCGGUCACCCCCGUCGGCGCCGGCCUCAUCCCCACGGGAGCCGUCUCGCCCGUCUCCGGCACGCCGUUCGACUUCCGCGCCCCCGCGCCGCCCGGCGCGCGCAUCGCCGACGUCCCCGGCGGCGGGUACGACAUCAACUACGUGCUCGACGGCGAGGCCGACGGGCAGGGCGUGCGCAAGGCGGCGGUGGUGAGCGAGCCCACCUCGGGGCGCGUGCUGGAGCUGUGGUCCGACCAGCCCGGGCUGCAGUUCUACACGGGCAACUUCCUCAAGGGCGACGAGGGCAAGGGCGGCGCGCGCUACGUGAAGCACGGCGGACUCUGCCUCGAGACGCAGGACUACCCGGACGCCGUCCACAACGCCAAGUUCCCCACCGAGAUCUACCGCAAGGGCCAGGAGUACAAGCACUACAUGCUCUACAAGUUCUCUCUCGCCAAGAAGUAGAUUAUUAAGACGUUCGUCGUAAUCAAAUCAAGAAUUCAAGAUAAUUAUUAGCCUACAUGGUUUUUGUGAGCGAUUAUGUAUCUUAGAUUAUGCUAGUAGUACACUUAGGUGAUCGGUAUGAAGCUUACGUGAUUUUAGAUGAUGAUUAACGUGCCAAAUAAUUCGCAAAA